UUAUUCAUCAUCCUAGUAUCAACGAAUCUUGCUCGCUGGGUCUCGCGCUCGGUCUCUGAGUCUCGCUGGGUGUGUGUGAGAGAGUCCGUCUGUCUAUCCCUCUCGGCUUCGCUGAGCCCGCUUCUCUCUCCCUCCCUCUCUCGGUGCUGCUGCUGCUCUGCUGCGCCAGAGCUGAGGAAAGCCAUGGAUGCCUGCCUCCUCAAGUCCGCGGCGCAGUUGCGCGCUUUCGCGCUGCAGAAAUCCACUCUCCCCGCUCUGUGUUCUCCUUCUGCUCCCGCCUCGCAAGUUUCCAUUUCCUCUCGUGGGGCUUCUGUUCCCUGUAGUGCGAGCUGGAAGAGGAGCUCCACUGGAUGGCGGCAUCGGGGCUACGCAGUGGAGCGCACAAGGAGAGCAAGUGGGCGGGCGCGAGCUGCUGACAGCCCUGAGGCACGCGAGGAGCAGGAGGAGGAGAAGGUCGAUUACAGGCUCUACAAUGCUUUGAUGCGUGGUGGCGAGGAAGUAAUGUCCGUCAUGAAGGAAAUGGUGGAGCUUUUACAAGACAUAACGAAAAUGGGAGAACAGGGGGAGCAGGUAGCAGUGGAGAUGGCAGCUACCGGGGUUGUUGGGCAGCGCCUCGAUAAGCUCGACGAGAGCUUCCUUAUGGCGCUAGACUACAUGAUUCAGCAGGCAGAACAUGACGACAGAGAACGAUGGUUGCUUGAGGUCAUCAAGGACGUUGUACUUGCUCAGCUUACGCAGAAAUUCCCAUCUCAGGUGCAAAUUGUUGGUAUAUUGUGUCGCACUCCUGACAAAGAUGCUCGUUUAGAAGUUCUCAGGCGGUGUGCUGGAGGAGGAGGAACCUUCGAUCAAGUGGGAGGAGGAAAAAUUGAAUUACCCGCGGUGAACCUCAACGACGUUGGGGACCAGGCAGAUGACAUUAUUGCGUCCAUAGAGGAAAAGGCUAAAGUGGAGGAUAGGCGGCUACUUGCAAGGCUUGUGUUGGCCAGAGAGGAAGCUCGUAGUAUGCUCGGUGGUGGACUUGAAGAUGAACGCAUUGAAAGUAACAAGCGCAAGAACCUUCCUCAACCAGAGGUGGAAUUUUUGACAAAGAUUACUGGAAUGAAACCUGGCCCCGAAUUGCACAAGAAACUGGCCAGGGUGUUGGCAGGACAAGAUGAAGGUCAAGAUAUUUUGGAUCCGGAGAAAGUUCGUCAACUUGAUAACUACGUAGCCAGAUCCAACAGCAUAAUCAAAAAGAAGGAGCCACCACCUCCAGUUCUCCCCGUACGUCCAGGCCUGUUAAUACAAACUGUCAACAAGGUCUUGCAAGGGAUGUAUUCUACAAACACUGCCCGUGGGGUAACUGUACAGCAGAUGGAAUGGAUUCGAAAGGAAAUCAUGGAAAUUUUGCAGAAGAUGGCGUUUCUGGAGUCGGACAAAUCUCGACCAACUUCCACCGGUGUAAAACAAGAAUCCAUUCUGAACAAGACUCCUUUAUAGAAAAUAGUGAGUUAGUCUCCUGUCAAGUCAAGGGCAAUUAGUAUUGACUUGACGGUCUCACGUUGAACGGGUUGAUCCAUGGCUUUCUUUCUCUUUGCUAUCUGAAAGUCUUCUCCCGUAUUCCAACCGAUUUACACUUGGAUUUUUUAUGCUUGUGUAUUUUGAGCAAUGCUUACGUUGCCAACUUGAGCUACGACUCCCCGCGAGUGCUUUGGCAUUGA